AUGAAUAUCGGCGAUCCCGCUUGGCUGGAUACUGGCCAUGGAUAUUCAGUGCCUGUAAUCAUCAAAGACUUGGACCCGAUCGUCAUUGAAUCUGUUGUUUCGGGCCAAACAAUGGUUGUCGAAGAGCCUUCACGCUUGAACACCAGAAAAGAGACCAAGAUCCAUGUUCAAGAUGUUUUAGAAUUGAGCGAUCCAUCCGAAUCCCACAUCUUGUAUGCUCUACAGGAACGCUUUCGGAACCGCAGGAUUUAUACGGCCUUGGGCGAGCACCUCGUGUUCAUUAAUCCCAACGAACCGCUGCCGAUUUAUGACGGUUCCGUCCUCGCACAGAUUGUCAAAAAUAAGAGCGACAAAGCGCAUAUUUUCUCGUUGGUUCGGAAUGUGGUCAAUAAGAUCCGUGAUGGUUCUACGGCGGAAACGAUUGUGUUCCGGGGCGAAACCGGAUCCGGGAAAACGUUUAAUGCUGCACAGGCUAUGAACGCCUUGGCCUCGUUGGCACCAUCAAGGAAGCGACCAAUCACACAGAAUCACAUGGAAGCUCUAAAUCGUGUCUUCCAUUCAUUCGGUACGGCUCGAACUGCCAAAAAUCCAAACUCAACGAGAUUUGGUUAUGUCUUGGAGUUCCUUUUGAAAGAUCGGAACAUCGAAGGACUAGCGAUCCGCCACACGUUGCCAUUAGAACUUGGAAGAGUAGUGGCCCACCGAGCCCCAGAAAAGACCUUUAACGUCUUCUACGAGAUUGUCGCUGGUCUAUCGGAAGCUCAAAAAGAGGAGCUGGAAAUGCUGGAGGAGAAGAAGUUCUUUUAUCUAAGCCAGGGGGCAUUGAAUGACCCGACUGACAACACCGAUGCUGAGAAUUUUGCGAAAUUGGAUUUGGCUUUCGAUACUCUCGGAUUUUCCGAGGAGCAACGAUCAUUCGUCUAUCGUAUUCUUGCCGUGAUCUUGCAUCUUGGGAAUACCUAUUUUAAGAACACAAAGAAUGCUAAUGGAACCGAGGGUGUCGAACUUGGAUCGGGUCGUGAAAUUAGCACCACAGCUCGGCUUCUUGAAAUCAACGAAGCGAAAUGGGGAGCUCAUUUCGAACACAAGUUUUGGAAAACCGAUGAUGGAAUUCAAUCUGCUAAUUUGAACAUUAACCAGGCCUUGGAUUGCCGUGAUGGUAUCGCUCAACUCCUGUACGAAGAGCUUUUUGCCUGGAUUCUAAACCGAAUUUCUCAAAAUUUCAAGUGCCCUGAACAUACCGCUGUUAUUCGUAUUGUCGAUAUGUAUGGAUUCGAGCGCUAUGCCGCAAACAGUCUGCAACAAUUGUGCAUCAAUGCUGUAAACGAGCGUGUGCAUGGUUUUUACCUGAGAAAGGUUUUCGAGGAGCCAAUUUCGGAAAUGGCCAAGCAGGGGAUUAAGCAAAGCUUCGAGUACCCCGGUGUUGAAAACGCAAAGACGAUCGAACUUUUGUUCAAGAAGCCAACCGGACUGUUGCCGUUACUAGACGAUGAAUGCAAAUUCCCGAAGGCUACUGAUGAAACGUAUCUACAACAUACGAAUUUGAAUCAUCUCGACAAAAGCGUCUACGGGAAAUCGAGGAAUAAGGACAAGUGUGAAUUUUCGGUCCGCCAUUACGGUGGAACUACAUGGUAUUCGAUCGUUAAUUACAUUCAUUCAAAUCGCCGUGCAGUACCGGCUGGCAUGAUCCAUGCCCUUAGCCAAAGCCACAAUCAGAAUAUCCAGUUGAUGUUCCGGGCAAUCUGUGGCGGCCGUGAAUUUGGAGAUUAUAUUGUGUAUGCUGGCCUGCAGCAUUCGAAAUCAAUUCAACAGAUUAUUCAAGCGCUCCAUGGCACUUCGAUCCACUUCGUCGCUUGUGUCCGUGCUAACUCCGAACGACAAGUGGCCAAAUUCGAUCUGCCUACAGUAUCUCGGCAAUUGAGAUCCCUUACAAUCCUGGAUUCCGUCUCCUUCCGCGUCAACAACCCGACGAUGCGAUUUGAGCAAGCAGAAUUUGCGCGUCGCUUCCGAUGUUUGCUCCCGGGGAUGAUUGCUGUGCAUCAGAAGCCUGAAGAAAUCAUCAACGAUAUUCUGACGGGCCAAGGAUUUGCGUACCAGGACGAUUAUCAAAUUGGCCCGCAAUCAGUGUUCGUCAGUGAGAAAUUGUGUCGUCGUUUGGAAUCUCGUCGGGAAGCUGUCAUCGACGACGCAGUAGUGGUUCUGCAGAAAGGCUUGCGGUGUCUGAUUGUUCGGCGUCAGUAUGUAAAGCAGAGAAAAGCAGCCCUACUCAUCCAGUCUGCAUUCCGAGGAUGGCUGGCUAGAAAACGGUACAUCGACUUGCUGGACAGCCGUCAGAAGACCCUAUCGCAAGAGGCCCGAAAGAACAAGCGGCUACAGGCCUAUCAAGAAAUUGCAAAUGGUGCUCAAGAAGCCGGGGAGGAUGAGGUGACGCUUGGAUCUGUCGCUCAUUUGGAUGUUGGAGAGGACAUUCGAAAGACGUUGGAGAGUCCGUUUGGUGGGAAGAAGACGGAGACCAGAACCCUUCAUAAUUAUCUGUCCACACCCACUCGUCUUAUUAAACCAACCGUCCAACCGAUGACUAUCGAACAGUUUGCAGAACAGAACUUCAAAGGCCAUCUCCUGGAAGUUCGUCGUUCCCCCAUCGCUACCCCUUUCUUGCUCAAGACCUGCGAGGCCGAUUUCCAGCUUUCACUCUCUAUGUUCAAGCUUGUACUCAAGUACAUGAAUGAUGCUACUCUCACCGGGGAAAAGCUACAAGUACUGGCAAAGAUUAUCGUCCAAAUGGCCAUCUCCAACAUUCAUCAACGCGACGAACUAUUCAUUCAACUGGCCAAUCAAACUUAUAACAACCCACGGAAAGCUAAUGCGGAUCGGGGCUGGACGCUGGUGCUGUGCGCCUUGAACUCUUUUCCACCAAGCCGACUUGUACUACCAAUGCUGCUUGGUUAUUUCCAGGAGCAGCAGAUGCCUUUGAAAGGCUGCCUGGUCGAAGCUCUUUUGAGGAAAGUGAAGACAAUGGAUCCUACUGCUUCACGUAUCUAUUCUUCGAAUCGUUUGGAACAGUUGUCUUUCACCGCCAGACAAGGCAUGACCGUCCAAGUUGAAACCCCUGGAGGUGAAACCCUUCUAGUCGAGGCUCAACCCUGGGCUACUGUAAAUGAAAUGGCUGGGAGAAUUUUGCGAGAAAGGGGCGUUACGAACAGUGAUGGUUGGACUGUAUCGGUCGAGUCAGAAGAGCAAAUCUACGCACCACUUGGAGGCGACUUCUUCCACGACGUCAUCUGCGAGAUCGAAGGUGUGGACAAUGACAGGCCCCUCUUUUUCAAAUAUUCGAAUGCCGGCUUGACUGUUACUCAACCGAAUGGGCCUCCUGCUACGGAAACACGUUUGAAUCGCGUCAGAAGUUCACCAGUCGAGAAGCGUCGCGUCAGGAAUUUCUCGGCUCAAACAAGGGAUAGCACAACUGACGAUUCCUCGAAUUCCCCUCGAAGCCAAGAUGAGGGUGAUCGGGAGAAUGUUUAUAGCUACACAAUGCCAAGAAAAAAGGGGCCUAGAAGUGUUUCUGAAGAUCCACGUGGGGCAUCGAGGGCUAGUACGCUGGGGAGAGGAGAGCGAAACCGUAGUCGCGGGGAUGAAUAUGACACGAUCGAUGAUCGCCCAGUCUCUCGUGUCAACCGAGCCCCAUCACAGAAUACGUUGAGGAGGUAUCACGAUAGCCAACAAGCCUUUUCCAUCGCACAACCAAUAGCCCAACCCAUUUAUGUUCCCCAAGGCGGCGUGCAAUUCAUGCCCAUGAUGAUGAUCCCUACGAACGGCGGAAAUAUGAUGCAACCGAUCUAUGGAACAAUGCCACAACCGAAUCCUGAGCCUCGCCAUCAUCGUGAGUUUUCCAACGACUCCCUCGAUGAUGCUGCUCCGUCAAGGCGCACUCCGGCCUCCCGCCUAACCGGUCGUGCCCCUAGCACGGAUCGUGUCCCAUCAGAAUAUUCAAACCUUAGCGUCGCUUCCAGGAUUCGCAGAAUCCCGGUUCCACGGGAAAAUGGUGACGUUGACAGAUUCCUAGAUGAAGUUUUCGAUCAGGUGUUGUCCCCGCAAGAAUUAAAAAGGACCAAGCUCCCGACCAGUAUGUUGGCCGCCUCUAUCAAGGGAGGACUUGGAGACGUGAAGAACCGUCAGCCCAGUCGCGAUCGUGAAGGCUACGGUAGUAGCGACUACGACUACGUAGAAAGACGAGAUGUUCCGUCACGCAGCAAUGGACAUUAUGAUGGAAAUAACAGCAGCGGCAAAUAUUAUGAGCUGGAUGACGAUCGAGACCGGACACCGGUGAUGGCUAAUGGAGAUAAUGAUCAAAUGAUGUGUAUGCCACAAGGAGGUUCAUUGGCAAACUCGCAAAUGUCUCAUGUGCCCAGUAGCCGCCUAUCUUCUUACGAUUAUGAUGAUGGCUCAGAUUCACCAAUCGGAUCCACAUCCCGGAUUCCAGACGGCUACGAUCAAACGGGGAGAACCUAUGCGUGCACAACUAGCUUCACGGGAUGCCACAAUGACACCAUCGGAUUAAACCGUAUUCCCACAGAACUCUAUCGUGUUGUCCAGAAUCAGGUUUCUAACAGCGAGCACCCAACGCCGCAUAAAUUCCCGUUUAAUGGGAUUCACUUUGCAAAAGAACAAGCUAAGAAGGAACGCGAGGCUCUAGAUAAACUAAACGAGGCCAAUAAGCACCUUCCACCUCCAAUCGAUGCUGUUCGACUAUUCCGGCCAAAAAUCCAGAAGAAAGAAGAACCCGUUGGGACGCUUGAAAUUCCCGAAGAACCACCAGCUAUUUGCAUUGUACCUGCAAAGAAAGACUGGGGCUCGGAAGUUCAGCGCUCAAAUACACGACUGCUCAGUCCGGAGUCUCAUGCUUCUCCGAUUCCAGAACCACAACCAGCACGCCAAGUCCCAGUUUUCCUGCCAAGAGCCCCAUCUCCGGUCCGCCAAAGACCAGCCUUGAGCUAUGUGAAGCAGCCAUGGAAGCUGACCAUCCGGAAAGAAAUGUUCUAUCCCGGAGAGCGCCUUGAUGAUCCCGUCAUGAUUUCCCAAGUCUUUUCGCAAAUCAUCGACGACUGCAAGAAGUUCAUCCCCUACCGUAUACGAGCUCAUGAGCGCGAAAAUGUUAAAGGGAUCUUAAAGGAUAGCAAAGUCCCACCAGAACUACUGGCUCGUCAAGAUGAGAUUCCGGUCGGAGUGAAGGCUCGCGUCGUUGAAGCGGCUCGCCGCUGGCCACUUUAUUUCUCGCAAAUCCAUGAGGUGGUUGAAAUGCGUGGAAAUGAAAAUAUCUACCUAUUAUUGGCCCUGAGUGAAACGGGACUCCGACUUCUUGUGCAAAACCCAAUGCAAAAGGAAUCGCCCCUAAAAAUUCAGGAUCAUUUCGACUUCGACGAUAUUCGUGGGGUUGAUGUUCAACUUGUCGAUCAGCUUGUGCUGACCACAAAGAGUGGAAUGAAAGUCGUCCUGCGCACUCAACGCGCUGAUUAUAUCAAGGCACAGAUGGCCAAGUGCUUUGAUGGUGAAGUCAAGGAAAAGGUCUUCAUGCGUGCCGUUACGGACUAUAUUACUAAGGAGCCGAAUUUGCUCAGUUUCGUUAAGGGAGACGUCAUCGAAAUCCUCACACCUGAGGAUGAGGUGGUCCCCGUCGGAUGGCUGCACGGCCGGCUUGGCAACCGAUACGGCAAUCUACCAAAAGAUUAUGUAAAGCCGUUAAAUGCUCCGCUCGAUGACCACCCACUUCCACCGCCAAUCAUCACCGAUAUCGCCGACCCAGCCCCACCACCAUUACCCCUCGACGAUAUCGACAUCAACGACUACAACUUCGAGGACAAUGCUUAUGAAUUGGGAAUUGGAAAUGAUAAGCAUACGAUGAUGGAGUUUGCUUUGAUGUACUAUCGGAGUCAAGGCAAUGAGAGCGGCAAGGGAAAACGUGGAAAGCAAUGGACAUGGAGAGAUGUUGCAGACAAAGUGAAAUGGACAGAUCGCCCGAUCCAGCACUCACUGAUUCGCAUCGAUAAUGCCGAGGCAAACAAAAUCGCAUGUGAAGCGUUUGGAUGUAUUCUCCGUUAUAUGGGGGAUGAAAACAUGAAGAAGAGCGAGACGAAAACGGAUUGUGUCUAUCGCUUGUUGCUGAUUUGCCAGAAGAACGAGGCGAUGAGGGAUGAAGUUUACUGCCAGAUAAUCCGGCAGACGACCAGCAAUAGGAGUGCAAAACCUGACAGCCUGGCCCUGGGAUGGCGAUUGUUCUCCGUACUGACCGCCUACUUCUCAAGUUCCCCGGCGAUGUGGCCGUACUUGACAAAAUAUAUCGCCGAGACAGCCAACGACGUUCGAAGGGCUUGCCAUGGCACCGCUCAAUUGUGCCUGCAAAAUCUAUCGAAGACCAAGCGAUAUGGUGGCAGGCGCUUUUUGCUGUCUGGCGCUGAGCUUGAGCAAAUCACAAUGCAUGGAAACCACAUCAAGCGACAACACUAUUUACUCCCUGGCGGCCACUCAAAACUGGUCAAUACAAAGACCGUGACAGUUGUUGAAGAAAUCCUGCAAGAUCUCUGCAAUGGCUUGAAUAUCCGAAGUCCCGCCGAACAACAAGAAUUCUGCGUCUGUAUUGCUGUCCCGAAUCAGAGCCUAAUCUUUGCUGCAAACGACGAGUAUGUGCUGGAUAUUUGCACCGAAAUGGAGCAUAAGAAUAAGGAGUUUGAAUUCAUCCUCCGACGUACCGUAUGGAUCCACCCGCUGCGUCUGGAUAAUAUUAUGUACAUCGAUGUGAUGUUCCACCAGAUACUGCCCGAUUACCUUGAUGGUCUCUUCUGCUCGCAUAUGUCUGAUGGUAACUUGAGUGCAGCAGCAAUGGAUGAUAUCGCCAAGAUGGGAGCGUAUUUGUACUUCUCAUCCGAACAACGCGGAACAAAUAUCAUUACACCGAGGAAUAUCUAUUCCUUAAUCCCGGCUACUGUAAUCGAUCGUUCGAUUGGGCCUGAUCAAUGGGCUAGUCGAGUUCAACACAAGAAGAACCAGAUCGGCACGCUGCAGCAUUUGGACCCGGAGAUGAAUGUGACGGCCGCAAGGAUGCAUUUCUUGCAAAUCCUCGAGAAAUGGCCACUAUUUGGAACGACAAUGUUCCCAGUACAACGCACCGAACGUGGUGCAACCAAAGAAGACAUGGUGUUGGCUAUCCAGCGCCGAGGUGUCCAACUCCUAACCCCAAUGACCCAUACGGUUGUCGAGGAAUGGCCUUUUACCCAGAUUCUCGCCACCAACAAGUUCGAAAAGGAUCGUGAAAUGAUGCUUGAUCUGAAAAUUGGCACGAUGCGUGAACACGUCACGAUAACGCUACAAACAAAUCGGGCCGUUGACAUUAUCCGCCUCCUCGGCCAAUACACCUAUGUGGAUUCUCAAAACAAGUCGACUGCCUAU